CAUAGUCAUUUUGAUCACAUGAGCUAUUUUGCGCGCUGAACGUCGAGUAUUAACAUAAAAAGGACACCUUAACGAAACAUUGGAACAUUUCGUGUAACAUCACUAUCAACUUUAUUUCAUAAAUUGUGAUUAUUUUCCGUUUCUCAUGUGUGUGUGUGUGUGUGUAUGUGUGUGUGUGUGUGUGUGAAACAAUAAAAAAAAUAUUUCAACAGCAACGACAAAUAACGUGAGAAUACAUGAAAAUGGUUCGUCUAACCUUUAAACACGUCAACUGUCAAAUAAGAAUCUGAGUAAUCUAAUCUUUUAUUGUGAAUUUUGCAAAAAUCAAAUUUCGAACUGUUUCAAUAAACUGACGAAUCGAUAGAUACAAGUUUUUCUUUAAACCGUGAAAUUGAGUCAAGAUGUUCAGAUUAUUAAAAUUUUCGAGAAACUUGCCUUUGAAAAGUACAGCUUUACAACACAUCGCAUAUCGUACCUUCCAAUCGUCAACGAGUAUUAGAUUCAAUACGUUAUAUUCACAAAAAGAGCUGAUGCAAGAUGGACUAAGUAAAUUUAAGAAGGGUGAAAUUCUUCAUGGGUUUAUAGUAGACGAAAUCGCGAACAUAGAUGAAUUGUUCCUUACUGCAAUUAGACUAACGCACUUGAGUACAGGGGCACAAUACUUGCAUGUGGCCCGAGACGACACCAACAAUGUAUUUUCUAUUGGAUUUCGUACAACUCCCAUGGACUCUACAGGAUUGCCUCACAUAUUGGAACAUACCGCUCUGUGUGGCAGCGAGCGAUAUCCCUGCAGAGAUCCGUUCUUCAAAAUGCUAAGAAGAUCUCUGGCUACGUUUAUGAAUGCCAUGACCGGACCGGAUUAUACGAUAUAUCCAUUCUCAACGCAGAACUUGAAAGACUAUCGCAAUCUACAGUCAGUUUAUUUGGACUCGGUUUUCAUGCCGAAUCUACGAGAACUGGACUUUCGACAGGAAGGAUGGAGAUUAGAGCAUACAGAUGUUAAUGAUAAAAACUCUCCUAUCAUAUUCAAAGGCGUGGUCUUUAACGAAAUGAAGGGUGUCUUCAAUGACAAUCAAGCUAUUAUGGCGGAACGUUUGCUGAAUUCUAUAUUGCCGAGUCACACAUAUUCCGUAAUUUCUGGCGGCGAUCCCCUUGUCAUACCUAAUCUGCAAUAUAUCGAUCUCCUUAACUUCCACAUGAAGUACUACCAUCCCUCUAAUUCGCGUUUCUAUUCCUAUGGAAAUUUCCCACUGGAGGAUCAUUUGAAAUUUAUCAACGACCGAUACCUUUUCUUGUCUGACAGAAUAGAUGCUUCCAUGUCAAAAGUACCGGCAGAAAAACGAUGGAAUGUAGCUAGGAAGGAGCACAUUGCAUGUAAACACGAUCCGCUUCUCGCGGAUCCUAGUAGACAUGGCACUAUUGCCAUCGCACAUUUGUGCAAUGAUAUAAAUGAUAUACAGACGACUUUCGAGAUGUAUGUGCUCUCGCAAUUGCUAUUGAAAGGUCCGAAUUCGGCAUUUUAUAAAUCUUUGGUCGAAUCGAAUAUAAGCACUGGUUUUGGACCAUUUACAGGUUUUGAUUCACAGUGCAGAGAUACGAUGUUUGUCGUGAGUCUACAAGGAGUGAAGCUUGAAGAUUUUGAGAAAGUUGAAAAUAUUUUCAACGAGACUGUACAGAGAGUUAUCAAGGAAGGAUUUGAAAAAAAUCACAUCGAGGCUGUUUUGCAUGGCAUCGAAUUACAAGUAAAACAUCAAACAUCGAACUUCGGAUUGAACUUGCUCUUCAAUCUAACAUCUUUAUGGAAUCACGAUGGUGACUUGAUACAGUCAUUGCGAAUUAAUGAUGCGGUAAAAAAAUUUACGUCGCGAAUGAGAGAGAAUCCCAAGUAUUUGCAAAAUCUGAUUGAAACUUAUCUCAGGGAUAAUAAUCAUAAAUUGACGCUAACGAUGUCGCCUGACAAGAAAUACGAAGAAAAUAAAGCACUCGCUGAGCAAAAAUUAUUGAAGACAAAAUUGGAAAAACUUUCUGCGGAGGAGAAAGACCAGGUAUACCUCAAUGGGAAGAUCUUGCUUGCCGAGCAACAAAAGAAAGAGGAUGUUGGAGUUUUACCAACGCUGAAGAUAGAAGACUUGAAGGCCGACAUAGAAAGAUACAAGACUUCCGAUCUGGAGAUAUGCGGAGUGCCCCUCCAAUUGUCCGUGCAACCGACAAACGGGAUUUCCUAUUAUCGAGGAAUACUCAAUACACAAGCUUUACCGAAUGAAUUGAAGCAGCUACUACCGCUGUUCAAUUACGUUAUUGCGAAAAUGGGCACGCAGAAUUACGAUUACAGAAGUUUCGAUCAGAUGAUGCAGCUAAAGACUGGCGGUCUAAAUUUCAUGAAUCACAUCGCCGAACAUAAGGAGAGUGAGCUCAAAUAUGAAGAAGGAAUCUUCAUAAGCUCAUAUUGCUUGGAUCGUAAUUCUGGCGAUAUGUGGAAGUUGUGGACGGAGCUGUUUAACAACGUGAAACUGACCGACCUUCAGAGAUUCGAAACACUCGUAAAGAUGAACGCGGCUGAUCUAAUCAAUGGUAUCUCGCACGCUGGCCACAUGUACGCGAUGAGUAGCGCCGCUAGUCUGGUCUCUCCGAUAGCUCGGAUCAAAGAGAGCCUCUCGGGAUUGCAGUACAUCGCGAGGAUGAAGAAAAUAGCGCGGAUACGUGACUUGACUUCCCUGCUGCAUAAUAUGCAGGAAAUAGUAAAUUAUGUUCUGAACAAGAAACACUUGCGGUCGGCCAUUAAUUUGUCCGAAGAGCAUCGGGACGAUGUUUUUCAGGGUAUUCACGGGUUCUAUGAUUCAUUGAAGGGUCACUCGAAGAAUUCACGUAUCAUCACGAACGCUCAGAGCAUCGAAGCGAGAGAAUGCGGCUAUCAUCAUGUACUGCCAUACACGGUGAACUACUGCUCAAAGGCUAUUCUGACCGUUCCUUAUACGAAUCCAGAUUAUGCCGUGUUACGCGUAUUGUCCAAGUUGAUCACCUCGGUAUAUCUGCAUCCGGAAAUUCGAGAGAAAGGCGGGGCUUACGGCGGAGGUGCGAAAUUAACAUCGGAGGGAAUCUUCUCUUUUUAUUCCUACAGAGACCCGAACUCUACACGCACCUUCGAUCUGUUUGACAAAACGUAUGAUUUUCUAAUCGAGUACUCGUUGCCUCAGAGUGACAUAGACGAAGCAAAGUUAGGAGUCUUUCAACAAAUCGAUGGCCCUGUUCCUCCCAGUAAUCGAGGCUUGACUAAAUUCAUAAACGAUAUCACAGACGAUGAUAUUCAAAAGCAAAGAGAGCAGUUGAAAGCUGUAACUAAAGAGCAGCUUUUACACGUGGCAGAAAAAUACCUAAAACCCGACCAAAAUGGUGUCAGAAUCGGUCGUUCGCUUAUUGGACCUACAAAUGUAGAUAUUUCGAAUAGGUAUAAAGAAAAUUGGCUGGUGCUAAAUCAAGAAGAAGCAGAUCAAGCACGAGCCACUGAAUAAAUAGAAGUGAAAAUAUUAGUUUUAUUUUUAUAAUAAAAAGUGUUUCAUAUUAAACUGCAAAUAUGUUGACAUUGUUGUUUUCCAUAAGUAAUAGGAAUUGGAAAUUUAAGCGUAUAUUAUUUAAUAGUACGUAAUGUUAAAUAUUAUAAUUUAUGCUAUUUUAUACAUUAAAUA